GGGCCAAGUGGGAAAGGCCGCAUCGGAUCCAAAUAAUGGAGCACGAGGCCAAUUGGGCGCUCGACGGCGAUGGACUCGUCGAGAACCUCUUCUACUACCUCUGGUGCAAGGACGAGUUUGGCGGCGGCCCGUCGCUCUUGAUUCCGGAUACGAUCAUCUACAAGUUCACGCAGCCCGCGUACUGGUACUUUACCUCCAAGUCGGGCAAGGUCAAGAAGAAGGCCAAAGCGUCGCUGGCCAACGUUCAGAUCGAAAAGGAGUUUUGCCGCAAGCUCUGCGGCAUUGACAUUGUCGCCUACUACAUCUACAUGGAGAACGACAGCCCGACGAUCGAGUACCUCAACGUCGACGGCCUCAAGGACUUCUUGUACAACCGAGCCAAAGUACAUAAUGGCGUGCUGCAGCGCUUUGUCGUCUCCAAGGGCGCGUCCAACUCCAUGAUCCGCGCGGUCUGGACACCCAAGAUGUGUCUGCUGGAGCGCAAGACGAACGUGCGCAAGCUGCACGACACGCGGUAUGGUAUCUACGAGCGCGCCGUGACCUUCGAUGGCGCCGACGCCUACAGCAACCCUGAUCCCGUGCGCGGCUCGAUUCUGCCGGGCGACAUCCAGUACCUCUGCGAACAAGUCGUCGAUCAUGUCAUGGAGGUGUCGUUCCACAAGUACCGCAUCUCGCGCAUGGUGCUCCACCUCAAGACGGACGCCGACGACCGCGUCUGGCUGCUCUGGUCGUCCUCGAUUCGGCUCUCGCAUGGCGAGCAUCGGCCGAUCGACAUGACAUCCGACGCCCAAGUCCCAGCGUUCGUGCACCUUAGCGCGAUGCCGGACGGGAAACCCUCGAAGAAGAACGCGGUGAUCGCCAAGUGCACCAGCUGCGCCAAGGCGAUUGACCAAGUACACAUGCUCCACGCCAGCUACAAGGCCGUGAUCGAGCACUUUCGGCAGCUCCUCACGCACCUCCGCGCGUCCAAGGCCUCAGUGGUCCUAUGGCCGCCGGACGACGCAGUGAUUGCAGCCGCGGGCGGCGUCGGAUUCGGGAUUUUAAACGAGAUGGACGUCGAGACCGGCCCCGUCACCGAGGCGGACGUGACGAUCCCACCCGUGUUGCUCUAUCUCCAUCCGAACUUGACCGUCCACGACUUUCUUCGCUUUGCGACCGACCCGGUCUUUCUGUACAAGACGGCGCCGGUCUGCGAGAACUGCUACCUCGUGUACGCCGACUUUAGCACGUCGGCGCUCGAAGUAAAUACGGUGCGGGAGCACGCGCCUGCGAUUUUACGGCCCAAGCGGCUCGUGCCACCGCUCAAAGCGCGCUUUGAAGUCAAAAGUACCAAGCCACCGGACGAUGCGUGGCUGCCGAAACCCGUGAAAGCAAAACCAGCGCUCAAGAUGACGGUCAAGACCCAGUACCCGUUCACGGACCCGCCGACGCUGCCCAUGCGGAUCGACCAUACGAUGCUGAGCGACAUGGAGCGCAGCCUCCCGAGCGACGUCAAGCGCGACGAUUUGAAAAAGGUGCCGUACAUGCCCGACGAGUGGAAGCUGGUGCCCGCCAUGGUGCCCAACCCCAACGUCCUCGCGCAUUCGCUCGUCAAGAAGGAAGACGAUUUCUUCACGGACCUCACCGCGUCGCACCUCAACUCCGAGUCGUUCCAUCGCCCUCUGCAGCACAUGGUGGAAAGCGCGUCGCGGCUCGAUGCGCUCAAGACAACGCCAACCUUGGGCGGUCUCAAAACCACCAAGCGAAAUCCAUAUGCUAUCGUGCAAAAGCUUGUGGGACGCGACGACACGAGCAGCACGUUCGAGAAGAAGGCAAGGGCCAAGGCAAAAAGCAGCUACCGGCGUCGUUUCCGAGCGUCGCGCCCAGCGAAGACGAGCACUCGACGUCGCGAAAGCACCGCGAGUUUCUGCUGAAUUCGCUCCAGGAGAUCCAGCGCCAGGU